UACUAAAACGACAGGUGUCACUUUUUGCGAGGAGAUUUUAGCAAAGAAUUUUCUCUAUUUAUUUUACUUUAUAUCGAUGUUAUAAACAAACUCAAGAUGCCGGAUCGGGACAGUGAAGUUUUUUCCAAUCCCCUACCCCCUUCACAUCACAGGCAUGAAGAGGAAGAUGACAGUCACCCACUUACAAACGAUGAUUUCCGUAAAAUGAUGAUGACUCCAAAAGUCUCCAGACUGGGUGGAAGUUAUACAUCAACAACACAUGAAACGUCUGCUGCAGAUCGUUCGACAGAUGCAAUUGACGACGAAGACGAUGCAGCCACGAGAAGAAAGAAAAAGAAAAAUUACUAUGCAAAACUCAAAAAGGAAGAGGAAGACAGAAAGAAAGAGCUGGCAUCAAAAUACAGAGACAGGGCUUUGGAAAGACGACAUGGUUCUAAUAAUGAUUAUGCAGAAACUGAAAUUGUCAGCACAACAGCCGAUUACCGAGCAGUAGCACCAGAUGCAAAAGCAGAAGAAAAUUAUGCAGAGAGGCGAAAACAAAUGAUCCAGGAAUCUAAAUAUCUUGGAGGUGAUAUGGAACAUACUCAUUUAGUAAAGGGUCUCGAUUACGCUUUAUUGGAAAAAGUACGAGCUGAAAUCAGUUAUAAAGAGCUUGAAGAAGAAGAAGUGAUGGAAGCAGUCGUGUCCAAGAAAGAUGAAGAGCACCCAGAGAAACCAGAACCUGAUCCUGAGGAACAAAUCCAGUUUAAAACGAAAAUGGCUAGAAAUGUUUACAGAAUAGUGUUUAAAAACAAAUUACCUGAGCGUAAUGAAUUGUUUCUUCCAAGAAGAAUGGCUUAUGUUGUGGAUUUAGAAGACGAAUUUGCCGAUUCGGACGUGCCAACUACAUUUAUUCGGAGUAAAGCUGAUUGUCCCACAUUAGAAGCUUCGACUACCCUUACUACCAACGAUAUUGUCAUCAACAAAUUAACCCAGAUCUUGUCGUAUUUGCGUCAAGGACGAAGAGACAAUAAAAAACUCAAAAAGAAAGAUAAGGGUAAAUUAAAAGAUGAUGACAAACCACGAGGGAAGACCACUGGAGCUGAUGAUGGUAUAUAUGAUGAUAUUGGUCAAUAUCAACCAUCUCUUAACAAGAUUAAGGAUAAGAAAGAAGGCAGAGAUCGAGAACAUGAUAGGGGAGAAAGAGAUUACAGAGAUAGAGAAGAUCGAGAUAGAGACAGAAAAAGGGAUAGAGAUAGGAGAGACAGAGGAGAUCGUGUUCGAGAUGAGCGAGAUAACAGAGAUAACCGUGACAGGGAGAAUAGAGAUAGAAGAGAUAGAGACAGGGAUCGAGAUAGAGGUAGAGAUGGUCGAGACAGAGAGCGAGAUCGAGAAAUGGGACGUGACAGAGACAGGAGCAACAGAGAUCGGCCCGAUAGAAACAGAGAAAAAGACAGAGACAGAGAACCAAGAGACAGGGAACCAAGAGAAGUUAGAAAACCUUACUUUGAGAAACCUGUUGAAGAAGAUGAAGAUCAACAAAAACAAACCCAAUCAGCACGAGAACUUGUUCAAUCUAUUAAUGAAAAAUAUAAAAGUUAUGGUGGAAUGGAGGAUGAGAAAUCUAAAGGUGGGAAGGAGAGCGAUGAUAGAAUUAAAAAACUGAAAGCUAAAACUGAGAUAGACAGUUACGCUGAAUGUUAUCCAGGGUUAAUGGAAUCUUACGAUGCCUUCGAUGAUUCGGAUGAAGAUGCUGAUUAUACAAAGAUGGAUCAAGGUAAUAAAAAAGGACCUGUUGGUCGCUGGGAUUUCGAUACACAAGAAGAAUACAGUUCCUACAUGUCUAAUAAAGAAGCUAUGCCUAAAGCUGCCUUCCAGUAUGGUGUUAAAAUGGCUGAUGGACGUAGAACUAGACGUACUGGUCCCAAGGAUGAGAAAACUAAACUUGACAGGGAACUUCAACAGAUUCAGAGAAUUAUUGAUAAAAGAAAAGUUUCUGAUGGUGGAUCGGGAUCUAAAAAGCCUAAAUAUUAAUCAUGUACGCUGUAUUAUAAAUUUUCUAUGUAAUUUGUUCAUUGUAAAGUAUUCCUUUGUGGGUAUUAUAAAUAUCUCAUAUAUUCAUGUAAAAUGAAGUGUAAAUUAAAAAAUGUCUUGAUAGUAAUCGUA